AUGGGUCUGGCACAAGCAAAAACCCGCCGCAAGAUCAGCAAGGAUCCCAACAACACGAAAUGGACCAAGGACACUGAUUCUUUCGGCCAAAAGAUCCUACGAUCGCAGGGUUGGGAGCCUGGCCAGUAUCUCGGCGCAAAAGAUGCAGCCCACGCAGUGCACCAUACCGCCGCUAAUGCCUCCUUCAUUCGUGUCGCCCUCAAGGACGACAUGCUCGGCCUCGGCUUCAAGCAAGCUAGGGAUGACAGGGUCACGGGUAUGGAUGUUUUCUCCGACCUGCUUGGUCGCCUGAACGGCAAAUCGUCUGAGGCGAUUGAUAGUGAACGUCAAGCCCGUGCGAAGCUGCAGAGCACUCUGUAUUGCGAUACUAAGUUUGGUCCUAUGCGGUUCGUCAGUGGUGGCUGGCUUGUGGGUGAUCAGGUUAAGGAAAGUGCCAAUGAGGAGCCAAAGAAGGAAGAAGAGGACGAUGUCAAGAUGGAAGACGUCCCUGUCGUCGCGGAUGCAUCUAGCAAGAGCUCAAAGAAGCGGAAGGCGGAGGAAUCAAGCGACGAAUCGUCAUCCUCCGAAGACGAAAAGGCGAGAAAGAAGCGCAGGAAAGAGGAGAAGAAGGACAAGAAGCGGAAGUCAAAGGCUGUGAAGGAGGAUGCUUCAGAAGAUACCCAGGACGACGCAGAGAAGAAGGCCAAGAAGGACAAGAAGAAGGAGAAGAAGGAAAAGAAGAAGGCGGAGAAGGAGAGCGAUGCGGACAGCUCGGACGAGAAGUCAUCCAAGAAGAAGCACAAGAAGGAUGAGGAGACGGAAUCCGAGAAGGUUGCAAGAAAGGAGGAGAAGAGACGGCGCAAGGAGGAGAAACGCGCCAAGAAAGAGGCAUCGCGAGAGUCCUCUUCCACACCCGCUGUUACAGGCACAUCAACACCCGCCAGCGGUGCCUCGACGCCAGUGCUCAGAGGCCAUCACGCCGUAAGAUCACGGUGGAUUGCGCAGAAGAAGAUGGCGACGAUGGACGACAAGGCCUUGAACCAGAUUUUUAUGAUCAAGUCGCAAUCGUGA